AUGUCAUUUUUCGAAAAUCUUGCAGCUUCUGUGUCAUCUUUUGCAAACGAUGCUGCUAAAACUAUUGUAAAAGAAGUUGUAGAUCCAACAGUAUCUUUUGCAAACGAUGCUGCGAAAACUGUUGUAAGAGAAGUUGUAGAUCCGACAGUAUCUUUUGCAAACGAUUCUGCGAGAACGGUUGUGCAAGAAGUGUUAAAUCCGACGGUAUCGUUCAUCGAUAGCCAAAUCCAGCGGCCACGGGAUGUCAUCGAGCAACAACAGAUUUUAGACAAUCUCCAAGAACUCAACGGAUCGAAUUUUCCUGGCCACGACUAUCAUACGCCGGACCGGAAAAACUGGAUGGCUCAUCUCUCUGUUGAUAAACUAACCUUUAACAAGAUCGUGUGGCCAGGGACGCACGACUCAGCCACCAACGGAAUCGGAGACCCUUUGUUCACUCGUUGGUUAGGCGAGUGCCAAACGCUCUCCAUCUUCGACCAGCUAGUCCUCGGGACACGUGUCCUCGACAUCCGUGUACAGGAGGAUCGCCGUGUCUGCCAUGGACCUUUGAUGUCUUACAACGUUGAUGUCGUCCUCAAUGACGUCAUCAGAUUCAUGUCGGAGACCCAAUCUGAGAUCAUAAUCCUGGAGAUAAGGACCGAGUAUGGAAAGAAAGACCCUCCGGAUUUCGAGGCUUACUUGAUUGACAAGUUAGGUCAGUUCUUGAUACAUCAAGAUGAUAACUUGUUCAACAAGCCGAUAUCAGAAAUCUUGCCGAAAAGAGUUAUUUGCAUCUGGAAGCCGAGCAAGUCCCCGAAGCCGUACCGUGGUGGACCUCUCUGGAAUUCAGAUUAUCUAAAGGAUAAUUGGAUCGAUACGGAUCUUCCAUGGACGAAAUUCGAAAGCAAUAUGAAUCAUUUGACAAAACAACCACCAAUAUCGUCAAGAAGAUACUUUUACCGGGUUGAGAAUACAGUUACACCUAGAGCAGAUAAUCCAGUUGUGUUUGUCAAACCCGUGACUGAUCGGAUCCGGAAGCACGCAAGGCUCUUCAUAUCUCAGUGUAUUUCCUAUGGAUGUGCGGAUAAAUUGCAGAUUUUUUCCACUGAUUUCAUUGACGGAGAUUUCGUCGAUGCCUGCGUUGGACUAACUCAUGCCAAAAUUGAUGGAAAAGCUUGA